UUCAGGCGGCGCGGCCGGCCGCGGAGGAGCUCCCUGCGCCUUGGCCUUGGCCUUGGCCUGCCUUCCUGGCCGGCCGCCCGCCCGCAGCGUUGCCUGGAGACCCCACAACACAGCCCCACCGGGCUCCGGCCCAACGGCCAGCUCCGUCCCAAGGGCCAGCUUCAUCCCAAGGGCCAUGCAAAGCACCCGGGACGCGCGAGAUGCAGCAGUGAAGGGGGAGGAGGAGGAGGAAGAGGAGGAGGAGGAAGAAGAAGAGGAGAAACUGGCCGGCCCGGCGAGGAGGAGACACCAGCUUCCCCUAUCGGCCCAGUCGGCCUUCAGCUACGUCCCGCCGGGGCGGAGGGACCCGCCGGAGGUCAGCUAUUUCCACCGGCAGGCCAAGACAGGGAGUGUUUCCACUUAUGAUUCCAUUUUUAAAAGACCAGUGGGUUACAACAAGUAUCUUCACCGAUGUGACAGAGAACAUGCGAAGAAUCAAGGUCUUCACAUAAAUGAUGAGGAAAUGGAAAGACCUGUCGCUGUUUUGUCAUCUUCAGAUUAUGGGAGGCGCAUAACAAAGCCGGUAGAGCAGCUGAUCAGAGAUCACGCCAGGAUUAAUCACGUGCGGGCAGAAUUCUACAGGAAGAACGGAAUCACCUGCUUACUGGAGAAACCUUCUCCAAGCCUGCAUCCAUGCUAAACCUCUCUUUGCCAGCAACACUUACAUAGUGGGAGCAAAGAAAAAAAAAAAAACCUUCACAUCAGAAAAGAAAAUAGUGCUUUUGCCUUUUCCUCUACUAUUUUAGUUCAUGAGAAUAAAAAACGAUGAAAUAGCA